AUCAUGAUCGCGAUGGCGAUGAAUUUAAGCCAUUGCGCCCAGUGACUGCGAGCUCUUCUCACAUACUUUUCGAUAGUUGUGAAACGUGGCGCGCCAUGCUUCAUCAUCUCUGCAUCACUGAUCUUUUUCUGUUAAUUCCUUCAUCCUUCAAGGCAAUAAACCCUUCUCUCUAAAUAAUACACAAAUGUCUGUAUUUGACAAUCAGGAAUACGAAUCCGUCCUUUUAGUGAUCCGAGAAUGUUAUGUUUACAAGAUCCCUCCAUUAUCUUCUAGCCGUGGUUAUAAAGCUCAAGAAUGGAAUCUCGAAGGAGAUCCUCUCUGGAAAGGACGUCUUCGCAUCAUUACUCAGGGUAAAAAGUGUUUUAUCCGGCUAGAGGACGGGAAAACCGGGGAAUUGUUUGCCACGUGUCCCUAUGAGGAAAAUAAGGGCUGUGUAGAAAGUGUCACAGAUUCAAGUCGCUACUUUGUCUUGAGGAUUGAGGACCAAGGACGACACGCAUUCAUUGGCCUCGGAUUCUUAGAUCGUAGUGAGGCUUUUGAUUUUAACGUGGCACUCCAAGAUCAUUUCAAACAACUAAGAGCUGAGGAGAAAGCAGAAGAAUUGAAAAAGUCUGGAGCACAGCAACCAAGAUUGGAUUUUUCGCUUAAAGAAGGACAAACGUUGAGCUUAACAAUCGCUGGCGGCUCAGGGGCUGGAUCUGGAUCAUCAGCGCGUCGUAAUCGACCACCAAGAACUGCAGCAACUAAUCAAGAUGGUGAACUUCCUCCAUUACUUCCACCCCCUCCACCACCAGGAAGAAGAAGAGAUUAGGUUGUUGCAAUGAA